AGAGGUACUGGACUUCAUUAACAACGACGAUGCUGGUCCACCUGAGGGCCAGGACGGGCGGGCUGCUUCUGGUGCUGGCGUUGGUGCUGGCUUUGUGCGUGCCCGGUGCAUCUUGUGCCGAUGAGGAGCAGUGCUUUUGCCAACUCUCUGGGGUGAUUGAUGAUUGCUGCUGCUCCAUUGAGGAUGUGAACCGUCUGAAUGAGCACGUGGCUCCGUUGGUCACCCGGCUCGCGGAAAGUGACUUUUUCAAGUAUUAUCGUGUCAACAUGGAUCGCCCCUGCAAGUUUUGGCGCCAGGAGCUUGCUGAAUGUGGCUCCAAUCGCUGCUCUGUUGAGCCGUGCGAUGAGAAUGAAGUACCGGAGCGCUUGCGGGCUUUGGAUCAGGACCCAUCUGCCUUUGAGUGUGUUAUGGGCGACAUGACCGAGCUGGGCCAACUUCGUGACACUGUCAGUGCGGACCAGGCAGAGCAAGUUGCGGGUUGGCAUGUGCACACGGAUAGCUAUUGCUUCCAAGACGAUGAAAACAGCGCCACCCUACACUACGUCAAUUUGGUGGAUAAUCCCGAGCGUUUCACUGGCUAUUCGGGCCGAUCCCCGGCCCAGAUUUGGAAGGCCAUCUACGGUGAAAAUUGCUUUCACUUGUAUUCGCAUUUGGACAAUCCCCAUCUCUUCGACAGACCCGACGAUGCCUCGGCCAAAUUUUUGACUUCCAAGGUGGUAGCAGGGAUGUGCAUGGAAAAACGGGUCUUCUACCGCAUCGUUUCUGGGCUGCAUGCUGCUAUCAACAUGCAUGUUGCUGCACACUAUCCACGCGAGUCUAUUUUGGGCCAAGAGUCUUGGGGGCCAAAUGUGACGCUCUUUGAGCGCUUUUUUCAUCCCGCGAAGACAUGGGGUGAAGGUCCCAACUGGUUGAAGAACAUUUAUUUCAAUUACCUGCUGGUGGUGCGCGCCAUCACCAAGGCGUCCUCCCUCUGGGAAGCUGAGCGCUUUUAUACCCACAACAGCGAGCAAGACGAGGAGGUGGCGGCCAUUGUGAAAGAGCUCAUUGACUCGGCCCCGCGGACGUGUCCCAGUACAUUCGACGAAUCCCUUAUGUUCAAUGGCCCAGAAUCUCUAGAAUUGAAGCAAGAGUUCCAAACCAAGUUUCAGAACAUCUCACUGAUCAUGGAUUGUGUCGAGUGCUCAACCUGCCGCUUGUGGGGCAAAUUGAAAGUGCACGGGUUGGCUGCUGCCAUGCGAAUUCUCUUCGCGGACGAUUCGGCAACCCUUGUCCUGUCCCGCAACGAGGUCGUGGCUCUCUUCAACACUCUGGCCCAGUUCAGUCAAGCCAUCGAAGAGAUCAAUACAUUUCGCCAACUCAGUGAUUCUAAUAUCAUGGACUCGGAGCCCACUCUGCCAUUUGCGUAGCAAAUGCUGCCACCAUAGUUGA